AUGCAGACUGUGACUGACAGCUCUGUAGUGCCGAUCGGGCGUAUGCCCAUAGACAAUGCGUUCAACGGCCAUCCUCGCCGGCGUGCGCAGCAAGGAGGAACGAAGUUGAAUGUGAGAGAACAAAGAAAAAAGCCUUCAAUCAAAGACUUCCUAGGGGUUACUCCACUUGACUUAUUAAAGAAAGCCGUCAGCCAAGAAGAACCUCCUGCCCCAAUAAAGCUGUUUCAGAAGCUGAUUGGUGGUUCUACUGCUGCGGAGCCGCAGCAACAGAGCAGCGGCAGCAAUAGAAGCAACUCCUCCCAAGCGUAUUCCGAUGUGCAAUCAUAUGAAACACCCGAAAAGACACAGCGAGAUCAGCAGGAAGGCACGGUGCUGCUGCAGGAGGCAGCAGCACCGUUGCACCAGCAGCAGCAAAUGCAGCAGCAAAUGCAGCAAAUGGACACCAGGACCAACCUAGAGAAGUAUCUCGCCUCGAAGAUGCUCGAAUCCAGAGGCCACAUGCAAUUCCCCUCCUGGAAUGGGGCUCCUCAUCUGCUGCAUCAGCAGCAACAGCUGCAGCUGCAGCAGCAGCAGCAAGACUUCUGCUUCCCUCCGCAUGCAGUGAUGAAUCAACUCCCUUACUCCUCCCCACAACUCACCAGCCGCGGCCCUCUCCCUCAGUUUACUGCGGACAGCUAUGUACAGAACCAAGGGUUUGUGCAGCAGCAGCAAUUCACAUGCACGCAGCCGUACAACUACGUGGGCCCCACACCCGCAGCAGCAGCAGCAGCAGGUGCUGCAGCAGCAGGAUAUCAGCAGCACGGGAUGUUCCCACAAUAUCCACAGCAAGAGACACCUCAGAUGCUUCAGCAGCAAGGCGUAUACCCUUCAUAUGAUCAGCAGCAAGAGCUACGCGCUGAGUCUUCUACAGUUUCUAUUUCUUCUCAUUCAACUUCAGCAAACUAUCCUUACACCUCAUUAGAAGGUUUAGAAGCAGAUUCUUCUGCUGCAUGGCUGCAGCAUAAAUCUUAUUUACCUCAAAUACCGCCGCAUGCACACAUGACUGCUCCUGUUGCAGGGGCCCCGUUUCACCCUGGGUUUAGCUAUGCAACAGAAUUUAAAUAUUAUUAUAAUUAUUAUCCUGCUGAAGAAUAUACAGGGGAGAUAGACGGAGGUGAUGCUGAAGCACAAGAAGCAGCGGUACAGAGAGAUCAGCAACAAGCAGAAACUCUCGCAGCAGCACAACAAGAAAAAGAAGAAAAAGACGAAGAAAAUAACAAAACAGAUAACAGCAAAACACUCAAACCAAUCAUCACCUCUAAAACUAGACUAGAGUCAGGCAAAGCCGUCCGCAUCUAA